GGAAAGGAGGGAGCAAAAUCCGAAGGGAGGAGUCAAGAGAGGGAAGGAGCAGCUGGAGAUCCACACUUCGCCCUCCUCUCUCUCUCUCUCUCUCUCUGUGUCUCUCUCUUCUCCUGUGAAAAAAGCGCUCUAAAUGUAAAACCAACUCUCCACGCGCUCCUCCGCUGCACCUCCGCUGCUCCUGUUUGUUUUUUGCGCACAUCUGCGCUCUGCUGUGGGCACAGACCAUCGCUCCACACUCCUGGUGUUCUGUCCGGCGGUGUUUGAAGACACAAAAGUGUGAGAACAAGAAGAGGGACGAGGAGGAGGAGGAGGAGGAAGAGGAGGAAAAAGUCUGGCAGCGCCGAUUUGGAGUUGGAGUUGCAGCGUAAGAAGAAGAAGAAGGAGAAGAAGAGAGAGAGAGAAAACGUCCGGAGCAACUCCACAAACAUCUGCAACUUCGACCGAGGAGGAGGAGAAGAAGAAGAAAGAACACAACUUUUUUUUCUCUCUCCAGUCGUCAGAAGAUUUUUUUUAUUGUCCCCAAAUCCAACGAAGACGAGAAUUACCAGGGAAAACACCCAGAAAGAAGUGUCUCGUCUCCAUGAGUUGCUGAGGAAUGAGCCAUCGCCAUGGAAAACCAAACCCAGGCCAAUUCAGCAGCUGAGAAGAAGAAGAGGGUGGAGACCAUCGUGGCGACCAAGGGCUCAUCAGUGCGCAAUGACAUCAGCGAGAAGGCGGUGGCUUCCAGCACCACGUCAAACGAAGAUGAGAGUUCAGGAACACCGUACCAUCGUGAGAGGCGUAACGCCAUCAGCUCCCAGGCUCCGGCCAACGAGGAACCGUCCACCUCCACCGAGGAACGCCCCUCCCUGUUAAAGAAGGACCUGCACGGGUCCCUGCCCCAUCUGGCUGAUCACGCCCUGCCGUACCGUGGCACUCUGUUCGCCAUGGACCGCAACGGCUACUUAGACCCGCACUAUACGACACCGCAGUUCUUCCCGGCCUUCCAUCCUCCGGUGCCAAUCGACGACAGACAUGCCCAAGGACGGUACAUCUACGAGCCCUCGCCCGUGCCCCCACUUCACGUGCCUCCUGCACUGGCGGGGAGUCCGGCCUUCUCCGACAUAUCCCUGAUCCGGAUCUCGCCCCAGCGGAACCCCUCGGUGGGGGCGGAGUCGCCCUUUUACCCUCCGCACCCCUGCAUGAACCCGUACAUGGACUACAUCCGCUCGCUGCACAGCAGCCCGUCUAUCUCCGUCCUGUCGGCCACCAGGGGCCUGAGCCCCGCGGACGCCCCUCACACCGGUCUGACCACAGCUGAGUACUACCACCAGAUGGCUUUGCUGGCGGGUCGCAGCCCCUACACCACUGACCUGAUCCCGACGGUGGCGUCCACGGCCGGAGCCAGCAGCGCCCUGCACAUGGACGCGUAUCUGCAGGCCAUGGACAGCUCUCGCUUCUCCAGCCCGAGGCUACCAUCACGGCCCAGCAGGAAGCGCCCGCUCCCCGUCUCUCCCCUCUCCGAGCACAGCUUUGACCUUCAGAACAUGAUUCGAAACUCGCCCAACUCCCUGGUCACCAUGCUGAACAACUCCCGCUCCAGCUCGUCCACCAGCGGCUCCUACGGUCACCUCUCUGCUGGAACCCUCAGUCCAGCGUUGAGCUUCCCCUACCCUGCCACCCCGGUGGCUCUGCACAUGCACCAGCAGCUGAUCAGCCGACAGCCGGGCAUCGUGGGUUCAGCCUUCGGCCACAGCCCGCCUCUCAUUCACCCGACGCCUGCCUUUGCCACCCAAAGGCCCGUCCCUGGCAUUCCCCCGUCUGGGCUAAGUGCCAGCGAGCGCUCAGUCAUCUCCAAUGACUCCUCACAGACCAAACCGACCAGCGAGUCGGCAGUGAGCAGCACAGGAGACCCGAUGCACCACAAACGCUCCAAGAUGAAACCAGAAGAAGAGUUGCCGAGUCCAGGUGCCGUGAGCGUACAGGACCAUCCUGAUGGUAUGACGUUGGUGAAGGAGGAAGGAGACAAGGACGAGAGCAAACAGGAACCAGAGGUAGUUUAUGAGACAAACUGCCACUGGGAGAACUGCUGCCGAGAGUUUGACACCCAGGAGCAGCUAGUACAGCACAUCAACAAUGACCACAUCCAUGGGGAAAAGAAGGAGUUUGUGUGUCGGUGGGAGGAAUGCUCCCGAGAGCAGAAGCCCUUCAAGGCACAGUACAUGCUGGUGGUCCACAUGCGCCGGCAUACAGGGGAGAAACCUCACAAGUGCACAUUUGAGGGCUGCGCCAAGGCCUACUCCCGUUUGGAAAACCUUAAGACUCAUUUACGCUCACACACAGGAGAAAAACCAUAUGUUUGUGAGCACGAAGGCUGCAACAAGGCUUUCUCCAAUGCCUCAGAUCGGGCCAAACAUCAGAAUCGCACACACUCAAACGAGAAACCAUACGUGUGUAAAAUCCCAGGCUGCACCAAACGCUACACCGACCCAAGCUCUUUACGCAAACACGUGAAGACGGUGCACGGCCCAGAGGCCCACGUAACGAAGAAACAGCGUGGCGAUUACCCACGUCCUCCGCCCCAAAACAGAGAACCGGGGGCAAAUGGCCAGGGUCGAUCACCAGGGCAGCUGCCCCUGGGCGGAUACUCGGACCAGAGGGACUACAAUCACGCCACCUCAAAACAAGAAGACUGCCUUCCUGUCAAGUCCAUCAAGACGGAGAAACCCAUGGCGUCUCAGCCAAGCCCUGGCGGUCAGUCUACAUGCAGCAGUGACCAGUCCCCCGUCAGCACCUAUCCCAGCGGUGGAGUCCAGCUUGCUGUGAGUGCUGGACGCUCACCAGGGCAGGGGCUGGAGGAGGAUGGGGAGAAAGAGGACAACGACGAAGAGGAUGCAGAGGAGGAGUGCGAGGGAGAGCCCGCCCCCAUCAUGGACUCUACUGUGUCAACAGCCACCGCCGCCAUGCUGACCCUGCAGGCGCGGCGUAGUGUCGGCCGCCCCCUGCGCUGGAUGGAGCACAUCAAGAUGGAGCGACUUAAGCAAGUGAAUGGAGCGCUGCCCAGGCUGGGGCCCCUGUCCCCAACACCUCCACCCAAAAACUCCACACUGCCCAACAUCCUGGGAAAGGGGCCCUGUCUGGGCAGGCAGGCUCCUCAGCCACCCCUUCAUACUGAGCUGGGAAACACAGAGCUUACAGUGUUAAAUUUGCUCCGAGACCGACGUGACAGCAGUGGUAGUGCCACCAGUUCAGCCUACCUAAGCAGCAGCCGACGCUCCUCGGGCAUCUCACCCUGCUUCUCCAGCCGACGCUCCAGCCAGGCUUCCCAAAAUGAGGGUACAACGACAGCAGGCCACCAUCGCCGCCUCCACAACCUCAGCUCCACAGACUCUUAUGACCCAAUCUCUACUGAUGCCUCCCGCCGGUCCAGUGAGGCAAGCCAUUGUGGAGGAGGAAUGGGAGGUAGCGGAGUUGGAGGGAUAUUUUCAAGUGGAGGCUGUGGAGGUUUAGGUGGAGUAGGAAUAGGAGGAGGAGGAUCUGGUUCACGGGGGAUGCUCAAUUUAACCCCUGCACAGCACUACCACCUUAAGGCCAAGUAUGCAGCAGCAACAGGUGGUCCACCUCCAACACCUCUGCCGAACAUGGAACGCAUGAGCCUGAAGACUCGCAUGGCCAUGAUGGAUGAUGGUGGGAGCCAUAACUGUUUGCCACCUCUAGUCAGACCACAUAAUUGCAGUGAGGGCACUAACGGGUACACCAAUGGAUAUGUGGGCCAUGGAGGUUACAGGAGGAGGGUCCUGUAUCCAGGUGAAGGACCACUGCAUGGAAACCGCCGGGCCAGUGACCCUGUCCGAACGCAAGCACCUGAUAUUUGCAAUUUGCCUCCGGUGCAACGCUUCAACAGCCUUAACAACCUACAUCCUCUUCCACCUCUUUCUCAUCAUUCAACACCCGAAACUCGCAACUUUAGCUUACAGAACUACACACGCUCAGAAGGUAACCUGCAGAGGGGUCUGCAGCACUCACCCUACACUCCUAGCAUAGCAGAACAUGCAGCCUUAGAAGCUCUAGCAAUGGAGGAUGACGGGGAGGCUGGCCUACUGCUUGAGGAUGAAGACAUGCUGCCAGAUGAACUUGUGCAGUAUCUCAACUCCCAUGUUCAAAUGGACGGUGGCCCUUACCUGAAUAUUGAAGACCAAAUAGCUUCUCACCAAAGGGAACCCUUACAUCCAACCAUUGAAGAGAUUGAACAACUGCAGGCACCAGGCUUCAAUGUAGAUGCCCAUGUUCUCCAGCAGCAGAUAGUAGAGAGAAAGAGUCCCAGCAAGCUUCCAAUCCAGUGGAAUGAAGUCAGCUCUGGUAGUGCUGAAAGGUCUCCUUUGAGGGAGCACAACCACCAGACACAGUGUGGAAAAUGGUCAAGUUCAGAAUCUAUAUCUGCGCCUUUUGGUAGGUUUGGAAACAUGGUAGUUCAGCAGCAGACGCCCCUUGAUUUCCAGAACAGUUGUUCUCUAGCAAAUGAACCUCAAAAUUCUUUCCCCGUCAAUCCUGGAGUGAAGCUAGAGAAUUCACACAACUCUUGCAUGGACAUGAGGCAUAGCUUCUCACAGACCAAUAAUCAGCCUUGUCCACAAAACUUCAAACAGCAGUUCUCAAAUGGAUCUCAAAAGCAGAACCACUUCCAGCAAAGUCCCAAUAGAAACACCUCUUGUCAGGUUGGUAAUAACACCCACCUUGGCAGGGGCUCCAUGGACAACCUACCCAGCCUUGCCCAGGGAAGUGCUCUUCACCACAAUCAGCUGACUCAUGUCCCUCGCCCUCCAGUAAAUGGUUACAGGAACUCAGUCAGGACCCAGCAGUACCUCAAUACUACAAAUGCUAAUGAAAUGCAGGCUAACUUCAACCAGCAGCCACAACUGCAGAAGAAUGGUGACCACUGUUCCCUGGUACAAGAGGUGUCUGGACUGAAACUUGAGGCCCCAGACCAUGGAUACCUGGACCAGGAGACUAGUGACUGCCUCUCUUAUGACCCAGCAGAUCAUAAGGCGUCCUCGUUCCCUGUCCUGGAGGAGCAGUGCUUGCUUGACUCCAUGGUAGCCUCAGUGGCGCAUGGCGGCACCAGUGGCCAUGGAAACUCUGUUGCAAUUCUCUCACCUGGUUCUGACCAGGUGACCAGUACAGUGAAUGGCAAUGUACCCAGUGUCUUAGACGACACAGUAAGCCUGGACUUCGGCUCUAUUUUGGAGGACGGCUAUGAUCAGGGUAGCUUGGCGUCAGGUGUGUUGAGUCCUACCAUCUUUCAAGGUCUGUCCAGGACCUCAUCACGGCUGACCACACCUCGUGGAUCGGCAAACUUCCACAGUGUGGCUCCUGGCCUGAACAACAUGGCCAUCGGAGACAUGACCUCUCUUCUCACCAGCCUUGCUGAGGAGAGCAAGUUCCUGGCUAUCAUGCAGUAGCUGCUCUCCCUCUCUGCUUUCUCCUCCUUUGAAACAAAAUGGGAAAAAAAAGGAAGAGAAUUAUGGUGUAUGUGAAGAUUUAGACAAAUGUGGCAAUUACGAGAACUUUAUUGUGUACUUAAAAGUGUUAUACUUAAAAGAGGCAAGUUGCCAAACACAUUUAUUUUGUAGAGAAAUAUCAUCCCAUAGGUGAGUGGGAUGUGUAAAAACUGUGUAUAGCUAAAUAGUUAUAUUCCUUUUCGGGAAUGAAGGCUAUUUUUGGAAGCCCUUCACUUUGUAUUACUAUGUGAUGGUGAGCUAAGGCUCACGUCUUUUGAAACAGUAUUCUGUGUAUCGUCACUGUUUUGCUGUACACACUGCUGGAUAAAAAAAAAAUGCAUGCAUUAAUUAAAAAAGAAAAACAUAGACAAACCCACGUGCCAAGUGUCUGGCAUCCUGAUCCAACAUGUAUAUCUGUCUUCUAUUCUUUCUUAUUCUGUGGGCUUCUCAAUUCUUUGACCCCUGGUACUAAAAUUCCACCACCUUUAUUUACUACAUUAUACACCUUGCAUCGUUGCCGUCCCACCUGCCACCGUCUGGUUCCCGCAUGUAUCCUGCCUUGCGUCUACAAAACAAUUUUCCAAAUCUCUAGCGCUUCAUUUCUUCAAUGGUUUUUACACCUAUUUGAAGUAAGUGUGUCAUUCGCAAAUGUAAUGAACCUGUCCAUACCCUUUAAAUAAAGGAUUAGGUUCACAGCUGAUUUUCAUGUUACCCCACUUAUGUUCACCUCAACACUGUCAGGCUCUUUUCAAUUCUUCAUAUUCUGAACGACCUUCAAGUACUUUUCUGCCACUCGACUUUUUUAAACAUUUCUUUUAAUAAAAGAUUACUCGAAAUAAUAAAAAAAAAACAGUGCAGCUUUCAAGGUUUUCAAAAAAUACGUUGUUGUUUUUUUUCUUUCUAGCAGGAAGGUAUAUCAAACAUUUUCUUAUAAAGUGGUAUAUUUUGUUUUUGUGUAAUUUUGUGUUUUUGUUUGUAUGUUACUUUUGUGAACCUGUAAAUGCUCCAGCUUUUGUGUUUUACGACUUUCACCAAUUGGUGUUUUCUCAUGUUAUCAAGUCCAAUAAUUGGACAACACAUCUAAGUCUUCAAGGCACCGCAGUUAGUUAUCCGCUCGUCAUCUGCAGUAAAAGGCUUGAUUUAGACUGAUGAGGUACUUGCAAGUGUACGUAUCUAUUUGGGGGGUUGCAUUUUUUUUUGCGAUAAUCUGUUUCAUUGAUGUUGGAUUGCCCGGCUAUUGUUGGAGCUAAUGUGAAAAAGGACACUUUCUCCUCGAAGAUCAAAGGUCACAUUCGGUGCUUUAUGUUUGCUUCAAUGAACUGAUACAGACUUAAGGACUUAAUCAGUCUUAAUGACCAAAGUUGGUCCACAGCACAUGGAUUUUGUCUUUUUCCUGAUGACGAUUAGUGCUGUAAAGUGAUGUGUUUUCUUUCUUGGAAAAUUCUCUGUAUGUUUUUUUGGAAAGCUCUUAAAUUCAGAAUGUGUACUGCCAUCAAGUGUUGCAGUGACGUCGUCGACAGUGUUAGUGUUGCCUUUUUGCAGUCCCUUGUGCGACUGCGCACUGAAUAUUAAGUCGUUUACGUUUUUAUUUUGCAUCAAAGGUACAACUUGAUUCAAAGUUUCUUUUUUUUGGUACAACUUUGUCGUUUUUGUAGGACAAUUAUUUCUUUUCUUUAAAAAGUACAUUUUUUUUUCCUUUGAAAGAAGGAAAUGACACUGAGGUAUGUGCCUUAUCUGAGAAAGAUCACUGCCAGCCCUCCAUUGUGAAUUACAAAAAAAAAUUAAAAUACAACAUGUUAAGUGUCUUGUCAGACCUAGAAAAGGUAAAAAGAAAAAAAAAACACCACAACAUUUAUAUAAGAAAAAAAUAAUAUCAGAAGAGAAAUGCAUUCUACUUUCUUUUAAUUUGACUUUUUUUUUUCGUUUUCACAUUUAUUGUGCUUUUAUAUAUGACGUGUAAAUACAGUACUCUUUGUGUAGGAUUAGCAGAGUAAAUGAGAAGGUACCCAGGGGCCAAUAAAAAGAACCGACUCUGAAAGCAGGGAUUCUCAGGCCCUGGGUGGAGGCCAGACAGAUCUGGCUCAGAGCAGUGCGUCAAGUGCCCAGCGCUGCCCCUCCGCCAGAAGAGCCACUCCGCUCUUUUAUAACUGACUACAAAUGUUUGUAUGGUUUUAAUAAAAACGGAAAUUUUAUCUUAA